CUUCUUCAAAAACCCUUCCAUACAUUAGAAAAAACAGGAGAAGGGUCUCGCAGGGGCAAAAAUGUCAAUUUCCAUCUCAUCUCUCUCAUCCUCUCUCGCAGCUCUCUCCUUCUCUUCCCAAAUAUCUUCUAAGCCCAAAACCCUCACCUUCAUCCAAAAGAAAUAUCCCCAAAAUGCCCUCGCCCUGAAAACCCCCCUCGUCGUCGUCGCCGCAUCUGCCGCUGCGGUGGCAGCCACGCCUGCUGAUUUGGAGACGACGAGUAUCGAGAAGUACGUGAAAUCGAGGCUUCCUGGAGGAUUCGCUGCGCAGAGGAUCAUCGGGACGGGCCGCAGGAAGUGCGCGAUCGCACGCGUAGUUCUUCAGGAAGGGACUGGAAAGAUCAUCAUCAAUUACCGCGACGCCAAGGAAUACAUGCAAGGGAAUCCGCUAUGGCUAAUGUAUCUCAAAGUACCCUUGUUAACCUUGGGAUACGAAAGCAGUUAUGAUGUGUUUGUUAAAGCUCAUGGGGGCGGUCUCUCAGGUCAAGCUCAGGCCAUCUCUCUUGGCAUUGCACGUGCUUUGCUCAAGGUGAGUGAGAACCAUAGGGUGGCUUUGAGGAAGGAAGGUCUUCUAACCAGAGACUCCCGAGUCGUCGAGAGGAAGAAAGUUGGGCUCAAGAAGGCCCGAAAGGCCCCACAGUUCUCCAAGCGUUGAGGUCAGAGCUUUGAACACUUUCUAUCUUCCCAUCGUGUGUCUGUGGCACUUCUCAACAUCUUCUACUAGAAAUGUAUGUAGCUGGCGAUUGAUUUUAGUAUUGUGAAUUUCUUCCUUUAGCCAAAAAUCAAGAUGAUGAUGAGCACAUCGACUGCUCAUCAUCACAUGUGAAUUUGGGUAUC